AUGAAUAAGCUGGCAAAUAUGCGUCACUGGCCGGAAAGAAUGACACCCAAUUUCGGUAUGGGCCGUCCCAACAUGCCCAUGAAUCUCAACCAUCCCAAGAAUGCCGCCCAACCCGGUCAGCCUAUGGCUUCACCUCAAGCCGCGGACGCUACGAUCCUUUACUCGUUCAACAUCCCAUUCGCUUCCGAUCUCGCGGGCCCCGACACUGAGGACAUUCUUCACGCGACCACUGACGCUGUCCUGCGAUGGACACACCCCGAGGACGCGCCGGACGACGUCCAAAUCCACCAGCUGCCGAUUCAUGUUCAGAACCUCAACACCCUGCACACAAUGUGUCAGGAUCUCACUAACGGACCUCUGCCCGUUGAUGCUUAUGUUCUGUCCACAAUGCCCAAGAAUGGAAAGGGCCAGCAGGUUGCUACUGUCUGUCUCUCGGGUUCUCCAGAGCUGGUCCACAAGAGCCGAGAGACAAUCCUCAAUGAUACCCCCAUUUCUCUCCGUUGUACUACAAUUGACAUUGAUGGCCAUUUGGUCUGCGACCUCAAUGCUGGCGUGCUCAAGAAAGAAGUUACUAAUACCCUUGACUACAUCUCGAGCUUCUGUGGUGUUGAUAUCUUUCUUCUGGGUCCCAAACUCACUCCUGUUGUUGAUGGCAUGACUGGUGACGCUGAACUGCGUAUGGAUCAGCGAUGGAGAGUUGCUAUCUAUGGUGACAUCCUAUCAUCUGAGCAUGCAAAGGCUCGUGUCCUGAUCCAUAUUGAUACUCUGCUCGGUCGUAUCGUUGAUAUGACAAAGGUUGAGGUUUCCUGCCACCAGCUUGUAUGUGGCCGUCACCGUAAGAACAUCAAGCUCAUCGAAUCUUCCACUGGAACUGCCAUCUAUUUUCCGCCUCCGUUCUCGGCCAUGUACCGCUACUGUCCUCCCAAUGCAACUCGUCGCGAUCCCAACGAUAUCUUCAUCACCGGUGAAACUCCUCAGGCCAUCGAACUCGCCAAGCAGAAACUCCAUGAGACUGUUUCACGCAUUAGACUUUUUGUUAAGGACGUUACGAUUCCUGCGGCCAAGAUUGACAGCAUUCUCCUUGGUCGUCUUGACAAGGUUCGCAAGAUUCUAGAGGCCAAUGGCACUUUCAUCUUGUUUCCGUCCUUGGCUACUCAGCGCAAUAUGGUUCGUGUCCAAGGUAAUGAAGGACUCCAUGUUGAGCGAACUGUACGGGAAAUCAUGUCACUGGCUGGACAAUUCUACAGUGCGGGCUGGUACAUUCAGCAUGCUGAUGCUAGGCAGUUUCCCAGUCCUCGUGACAUGAGGAACAUGCUUGUUGAUAUCUGUGCUAACUCUGAUGCCGAUAUUUCGUUCGACAGACUCAACUUUGCCAUCACUGGCUCUGAUGACGCAGUGAAGUCGGCUCUUCAAGUCAUUUCAGAGAUGAAAUUUGUCUCGCAAUCCCAAUAUCAAAUUCGUGUCAAGAUCGAGCUCGCCAAUGAGCACAAAGAAUUUGUUAGUGGCAAGAAGAACGGCAAGAUCAACAAGAUCAUGGGACAAAGCAACGUUCAGAUCAUCUUUGAUGGAUUCAACGAGUACAACUUCAACAUCGAUGUCAUGGCAGCAGCAUACGACUCUAUGAAGCAAGGUCUUACCCUUGUCGAGCAAGAGAUGCCUGCAUCCAUCUCGUUCCACGUGCCUGAUCAGUAUCACAAGCGUAUCAUUGGUAUCGGUGGCCAGCAUAUUCAACGCAUCAUGAAGAAGCACUCGGUCUUCGUCAAAUUCUCCAAUGCCAUGGACAGAGGAGGUAUGGGUCGUGAAGAUGAUGAUAUCAAGGUUGACAACGUCAUCUGCCGUACACCUGCUCGCAACGCGCAGAACCUGGACGCUGUCAAAAACGAGAUCUUGGAGAUGGUUGAUCGUGCUGAUUCUGAGUACACUUCUCAGAUUGUCAGUGUCGACCGUCUUUACCAUCGUCAGCUCAUUGCCAGACUUCCCGAGAUCGAUGGUCUGGAGCAGAAGUACAACUGCAAGAUCAACUUCCCCAGCACCGAGCAGGCCAGUGAUGAGGUGACUGUCAACGGUCCUCAGUGGCAGGUGCCUCAUUGCGUUGACGAGUUCCUGGGCAUGGUCCCUGACAAGCAUGAGCUUGUUCUGGCUAGGACUCCUGAGUUGGUCAAGUUCCUUGAGUCUCCUGACUUUGUCCAUGACCUUGUCCCCAAGCUCAAGAGCCAGCACGAGGUUGAUCUUAGCGUAGAGCAGAACCUCGACGAGCUUACUGAGGAGGGCAAACCCACUGUCACCCUUGUUUGGGGCUUCACCCGUAACAACGCCGGUGGUCUCCGCGAUGCCAUGGAUUUUGUCCAGUCCCAGUUCGCAACAUCUGGUGCCGAGAUCAAUGUCGUCAAGGGUGCUCUCCCUCGUCCUAAGUCUGACUCGUUCGAGGAUUCCCUGCAGUACUUCGAUUCCAAGCUUCUGCAGCACGCUCCUGCCCCCGUUGCUACCGACUCCCCCAUUAAGACUGGUUUUGGAGACGAAGUCGCUCGUGAGCGAAGCAGCAUUCUUGACCGUCUCAGGAAGCCUGGUAGCAUGACCUCAAUCUCAUCUUUCUUGGACCGCAGAAAGAACAGCUCUCACUCCGGUAACGGAAACUUUUUCAAGGGUUCAAGCAACGUCUCCAAGUCAUCGCUCAUCUCAAUUGAAUCCACUCGCAGCUUCAACGCCGAUCGAAACCCCUGGAACGACAGUGGUGUCAACCUCCCCGAUAACGACGACCCUUGGGCUCCUCGAACAUUCGGUACUCAUAUGGACAACAAGUUGUCCAUCCCUCAGCCUGGCGACGUCACACCUCGCCACAGCACCCGCGCGUCUGGCGACAGCGGGCGCCCUUCUACUUCUCAUUCAAUGAAUUCAGGAUACCCCGCCCCUAUUGGGCCUUUCCGUUAG